AUGGCCCUGCGACCGGCCGCGGCGAUCUACCACCGCUUUUGCUUCGACGACUCUGGCUGGGGCCCUCUCUCGGAUCUCUUCACCUCUGCGAUGCUCGGCGAGGCGUCGGAGCUCGAGCGGCUGGUGGCCGACACGGCAUCACCGCCGCUCGACGCGGCCGACGCACAUGGAAGCACCGCGCUGCACCACGCCGCCCUCAGCUCCAGCGUCGCGGCCGUGCUCGUCCUCCUCGAGGCGGGCGCGGACGCCAGCGCUCGCGAUGCAACCGGCGCGACGCCGCUGCACGUCGCGGCGUACAACGGGCGGCUAGAUGCCUGCAAGCUGCUGGUGCUGCACGGCGCGAGCGUGCACGCGCGGGACGAAGGUGGCCACACGCCCCUCUACGACGCCACCUUUGAGGCGAGCAAUCGCGGCGCCUGCCCUUGCGCCGCCGACAGCUCGGAGCUGCAGCGCGGCCGGACGGCCUCCUUCCUGCGGGCGGUGAUGGCGAUGCCUCCCCACGCGGCGCAGGCUCACGUCGCCCGCUCGUGCGAGAUCGCAAUCUCGGCGCGGCUGCAGGACGCCCUCGUCGACGGCGGCGCCGGCGCCUUUGCUCGGCUGCUGAGGCGGUGCCGCCGCUUCGUCGACGCACGCGACUAUGACGGCUCCACCGCGCUGCACGCCGCAUCAGAGGCUGGCGAUGCGCGAGCGGUCCGCUUGCUUCUCGAGGCGGCGGCAGACGUGGCGGCGACGACCAACUGCGGCGAGACGGCGCUCCACUUUGCGGCGAGGGAGGGGCACAUUCCUGUGGUUGCGGCGCUGCUUGAGGCCGGCGCCGACGCCCUCGCCGCCUCGCGCUCCUCGACCAAUCCCGUCGACGAGGCGAGGCGCCGCUCACAGCGGACAGCGGACAGUGGCGGCGGCGGCGCCGGCGGAGAAUCGGUGCUCUCCCUCCUCGAGGCGCGCCUCGCGGAGCUCCUGCGGGAGCUGCUCUCGCGCCCUCGCUGGGCGGGCCUCCUCCGCGGACCACUCGCGCUGCACCACUGCGCGGAGCACCUCGAGCAGGCGGAUGCGGAGGCAGAGGUGUCGGCGGCACCGCGUCCGCAGUGGGCCGAGGCGCUCGGGGUGACCGCCGACGGGCUAGCGAGGCUCUCGGCGGCGCUGCGUUCGAACGUGGUCUGGCUACCGGCGGCCGCCGACGCCGGCGGGUGCGGCAGCGGCUGCUACGAGCUGCGCGCGCGGCGCCGCAUCGAGGGCGGCGAGGAGCUCUCUUUCAGCUACCUCGGCUUGCCCGCCACGGGCAAGCGCCGGCCGACUCGCGCCGAGCGACGCGAGCAGCUGCACGAGCGUUGGGGCUUCUGGUGCGAGUGUGCGCUGUGCGGCAGCGAGGGUGGAGACGCGGUGCGAGUGCAGGCCAGCCCCGCGUCGCGAAAGAGGGUACGGUAG